UACCGUUUAAUGCGGAAGUGGGCGUUUCUGCUACGAAAUAAUUAGCUAUCUGUUAGCCGUUUACAGUCUGUUACGUUACAACUGACUUUUUAAAGAAUUGUAAAUAGUUUUAAGUGAAAAUGUGCAACGGUUGUGUGCAGAAAGAGUACCCAGACCGGGGUAACACUUGUCUGGAGAACGGCUCUUACCUGAUGAACUACGUGGGCUGCGCCAGCUGCCAUCAGAGGGACUUCGUGCUGAUCAGUAAUAAAACCACUGAGGAUGAUGAUGGAGAGGAGAUUGUCACAUAUGACCAUGUUUGUAAAAACUGUGACCACGUCAUCGCCAGGCACGAAUAUACUUUCUCUGUUGUCGAUGAAUAUCAGGAGUACACUAUGCUGUGCAUGCUGUGUGGAAAGGCAGAGGACUCCAUCAGUGUGUUACCAGACGACCCCAGACAGUCAGCGCCUCUCUUCUAAACUGCAAAACACACCAAUUUUUAGACCGACUCUCACAUGCUGCUGACUCCUCGCUUCAGAGUUUCAAGCAUUUUUAUCAUCCACUCAGAGUUUUUAUCUAUCUGUAAUUGAGCACAUCAUACUUUGUGGCUACUCUUUGGCUGUUUAUGAAUUACUGUAUGCUGAUGGGAGUAGAGCAGGAACUAUAACUUUUUAUGACCAUUCAUGACGGUAAAUAUAUUCUCUAUGUCACUUUACAAUGUAUUGUAAAUAAACUUUUUUUUUUUU